AAUAUCGUGAAGCACAGCAGGUGUUUUCGUUUUCGUGUUUGUUGUCAGUUUCCGAAAUUUGAGUGUAUCAAAGUAUUGUUUGUCUCUGUGACUGGAGAUUCAACAUGAAUGUAAUCAUCAGUACUUUCAAGAGGCACUGAAGUUUGUAGUGAACUCCAGAUUAGUUGUGUAAGUGGUUAAUACUUGUGGUUUUAAUGCCAUCUUGUGACCCUAUUUUAGGAGACAACGGAUUAACUUGUGGCUGCAAAACAAUGACGAUGUGGGAGCGCAAUGGCAGUGAAAUUGUAGAGAGCUGUUCUUAUUUUGAGGACUUCACCGACAGAACAUUUCCAGAGGAGCGGAAUGUCUUUUGGGGCAUUAGAUUCUGAUCGUUCAGGCUGUCCAGACUGCAAGGCUGCCAGCCGUAGUCUCUGACAAGUGCUGUGAAUGAAUCUGUUGUUCUGUAAUUUUACAGUUUUUUGACAGAGCUAAAAUGAACUUCACACCAUUUGGAAGUCCGUUCACUGGAUCAGUUCCUACAGCUACUGUUCAUCAAGUUGCCACUGCAAAGCUUGCUCACAAUGUUGCUGCUGGUGGCCAAGUUCUGGGUGUUUUUAGUGGUGGUGAUGGUGCAGUGCAUUAUUUGCGCCCUGUUGAUCCAAAUGGUUUUACGUUGACAACCCAAGGUGCCAUAAACAGCCAGCAUCCACAGGCGCAGCAAGCACUGAUAACCCUUCCUAUCAGCAUUGCUGGAAAGCCUGGUGAACCUGGACAGCCACAGCAAGCAGUUCACAUUCAAGUAGUUAACCCGAACGCAACGCUAGGUGCUAAUGGUGCUGCUAGUAAUGUGGGCCCCAAGUAUAUAUCUCCUCUUUUCUCACAAGGGAUUUUAACAUUAUGUGGUCAACAGCAAGGUGGUGAAAUUGUUCAGUUGCAAGUGCAGCAUCCUCACAUUCAGGUAACACCACAACCGGCUCAGCCACAGAGUGAAUCAGAUGCCUCCAAUAACAGCUCCCAAGCACAGGUUUCGUUGCAGCAGCAACAGCAACAACAAACACCUCAACAGGAACAGCAGCAGCAGUCGCAGCAGCAGCAGCAGCAGCAGCAACAACAACAACAGCAACAGCAACAACAGCAGCAGCAGCAGCAGCAGCAACAACAACAACAGCAUCACCAACAGCAGCAACAUCAACAUCAGCAGCCACAGCAGCAUCCUCAGGAACAGCAACAGCAUCAUCACCAGCAGAUCCAAACACACACAAUUGCUGUUGCAACAGAUGAUAAGCCAGAGGAGCACCAGCAGGCCUUCCCUGUAGCCGUUGUAGCACAUCUUCCACAAGAAUUAAUUUUGCGUGACGGUAUAGCCACAAUGGAAAUUGAAAAGAUACAGGGGGAACCAGGCAAGGAAACUUUGCAACUGGCUAUUGUUAAAUCGGAAAAUGAUAAAGAUUCUCAGGAUGACUUUAAUGGAAAUGGGGCUCAGCAUGCUACAGUUGCUGCCAUGCCAGCUGCAUGGCAGAGUAUUGCAACCCCAGGUUCAACAGUGGCAGACUACUUGUCACGUAUCCCAGCAUCGACACUUCCACUAAGUUUGCACCACUUCUUGAAAUUUUCUGCCGAAACGAUAAAACGGGAAGCAGCCAUCGAAUCAUCCCCCCUUUCAAACCCUGAGAUUGUCGAAGUAGCGAACGGUGCAGCAGUUGAGGAGCCAUCUGCCCCUGCAACAAACACAAAAACAAAGAAAAAGAAAAAGUAUAAGAAAAAACCUCCAAAACCCCGGCGGCCCAGGCCAGGUCAAGUGCACAUUGCAACUGCGUUGGACGGCACGACAUUAUUUUGUUGCCCCGAGUGUCAUAUGGCAUAUCCCGAAAAAGAGCUGUUAGAACAGCAUCUUGUCGGGCACAAGAUAGAACGGAGGUUCAUUUGCGAUAUUUGUGGUGCAGGUUUAAAACGGAAGGAACAUUUGGAGAGGCACAAGUUGGGUCAUAAUCCAGAUCGUCCAUUUGUUUGUUCUGUUUGCCUUAAAGGCUUCAAACGUAAAGAGCAUCUAAAUCUUCAUUUCGUUAUACAUUCAGGAGAAAAGACAGAACUUUGCCCAGAGUGUGGUAAAGGUUUCUACAGGAAAGAUCAUUUACGAAAACAUGCACGCAGCCAUCUUACAAAACGCGUGAAAGAGGAACUUAACAACCAACAGCAACUGCUACAGCAACAGCAACAGCAGCAGCAGCAGCAGCAGCAACAGCCUCAGCAGAUAGAACAGGAACACCAACAGCACCAAACAGACCAUGAGGCUCAGCAAGUCAAUGCCCCUGCUGCUACCAUGGUUGCAACAGUGGUUUUACCAACUGCAGCAGAAACAGGUGCUAUGCUGCUGCAGCAUCACCGCUGAAAAAAUCGAAGCACAAAUUUUCUAGCCUUAAAGGGAAUAUGCUGGGUGAGGACAGUACUCCUGAGACCAUUGUACUUUUCUUAGCUGUAUAUACUAAUAUUUAGCACCUUCUAUUAACUUUUGCAUAUGUUGCUUACGGAUAGUGAUCACUUGUGCUGCAGAGUUACUGUUGUACUGUUUUUGAUAAAUCAUAUACACAGCUUUUAUGUGUGUGGUACAGGUUUAUGAUUUUAUACCGAGCUCAGAAUGAUUGAACAGUGUGAGAGGGGGAUCACUAUGAUUUAUAAAUUAAAACUUACUGCAAAUAAUUGUUGAAUAUGGACAUUAUCCCAACUAAACGGUAAUUACCAGGUAUGUUAUGGAGUACAUCUUUUUGUACAUCACAGUGGGCUUACAGCCCUUUUUGAAUAUUAUGAUAGGGAGUGUAACUUCCUGUUAUUUUAUGAAUAUUUCAUUGUUUUACAGAUAGUGUUAACACAGAUGUGUAUAGUUAACUGCCAAGUCCAGAAUAAUAAACAGAUAUAUAAUAUAUAUAUAUAUAUAAGAAUUAAAUUGGAUUUGGUGAAAAUGUGUUUAUUUUUUAGCACCGUGUAAUCCUACUUCGUACGUUCAUUGUACUACGGCAGGAAUCGACAGACAUCUAAGUGGUAGAUACUUGUACAGUGAAUUUGCCAAAGCAAAGAUCUGUCCAGAAUACAUAGUUGCUACCCUAGUCGUACAUUUUAAUACUUUAUUUUGUUUAUCUUGUGUGAUCACUUAAUGCAUAGAAGUUUUGUUUUAUGCCAUACCACGUAGAAUGUUGAUAUUGUUGAAUAAACAGAGUCAUAAGUAUGGUAUUGAACAGUAUAUGUCUCAGUCAUCAGAUAAUACAGUUGAGUGGCAGGUGGCAGGGAUAUAUAAAUCAAUCCGAUGUUUGUAAGCAAACUACUACUGUUGCAAAAAAGACGAAGUAUAACAUUUAUGUGUUUUACGAUGCGUUAUGCUACCUUGGAUCCAUCACAGUGAAAAUUUGCUCUAUGUUUUCUUCUAAAUAAGUCAUUGAGUUUGCUCCUCAUGACACUGCAUUCCAUAAGGUUCUUUGUAAAGCUAAAUCCUGUUUCUUUCCUUAUUUCAUCUACUUAAAGUAUUUAUUGAUAUUUUAUUUGCAAAAAUUGAAUAACACUGCUCGGACACUUUUUACUUUACUUUUAAUUUUGAAUAAUGGUUAAUAGUUGCUUUUGUGCAACAGACACACCACACUCAGCACCUAUUAUCUUAAACUGUACCUGUUUGUGAUGCAAAGUGAUUGUGUCUCAAAAUUCUUUACUUUCUGUCACCCCACUGAAGCAGACAAAAAGGUAAAUCCUUUACAUAAAUGAUUGACAAACAGCAAUGUGUGUUCAGUAAUAUCUGUUUAAAUCAGACAUGUGAGGACCUUGUUGUUGAUUAUAUCGUCUGGCAUGUCCCAUAGCUUCAUGUUAACCUGUGUGUCUAUGUUUAUGUUGUGUAUUCCUGUAUGUUAUUUAAAUCACUGCAGAACUACUUGUUAUUUUGUCUUGAAAAAUUUCAAAUAUAAAUACAAUGGAAACUUACUGAUUUCAUUUUAGUGUUAUGGGGAAAGGCUAGGUACUCCAAUGUUCUAAAAAUUUUAUUUAUAGAAUUUUUGAGGCAUGUCCUGUACAUAGUGGCCUACAUGGAGUGUAUAAUUUUCAAGUAUGAAUUGUACAUGCUUAUAUAGUUUCCACUUUUGUAAAUUAUUUUUAUUGAAAUAUAUACACAAAUCUUUA